CCUCAAUGGGAGGAGCACUCAAGUGUAAAAGAUUUUAUCAAGACAAGAAAGCUUAGAGGAGUUGAUGUUUUAUAUGAUCCUGUUGGAGGGAAACUAACCAAGGAGUCCAUGAAAGUUCUGAAAUGGGGAGCUCAGAUUCUGGUGAUAGGUUUCGCCAGCGGGGAAAUACCUGUGAUUCCUGCUAAUAUAGCACUUGUUAAGAACUGGACGGUUCAUGGUCUUUACUGGGGCAGCUACAGGAUCCACCAGCCCAGUGUCCUUGAAGAUUCCAUCAAAGAGUUACUGUCAUGGCUCUCCCGAGGAUUGAUCACUAUUCACAUCUCUCAUACCUAUAGCCUCCCCCAGGCCAAUCUUGCAUUCGGGGACCUCAAAGACAGGAAGGCAAUUGGAAAAGUGAUGAUUGCUCUCGACCACAAGACUGCCCUGUCUUCAAAACUAUAGACUCUCUGUGGCCAUAGGAGAAAACUGGUUCUGUAUUCUAGAAAUAAGGUUAUUGCUAUGGCCAUGUAAGCUGAACCAUCUUGCAUUUAUAUUCGGCCUAUAAUCCACAUUCUGAUUUGAAAUUUAAUAAUAGUAAUCGAAUUGCAGUUUGAUU